CAAGGGAAGGUGCCAAAGACAGGAACAAUGGAGAACGUUGAAGAGAAGAAUCUUCAAACUGUCCUGCUGAAAGAACUUGGGAUAAAGAGGGAAGAUUUGAAGAACCUCGCAAAUUUCGCACGACUUCUCCACUCACCCCGCAACCCUUCCAGUUUAGCUGUUAUCCGUAUUCUCUACGGUUUUCUGAUGAUAAUUGAUAUCCACCACGAGAGGGGUUUGUCGUCAGCUGACAGCAGGUGGGGCAAUCCAGCUGAGUGCCGAUUUCCACUCUUUGACUGGUGGAGACCACUCCCUUUGGAAUGGAUGAUCAUCCUCUACCUUCUCAUGAUUCUAGGUGCAACUGGUAUUAUGCUGGGGUACAGGUACCGCUUAAGUUGCCUGACUUUUCUCCUCCCUUACUGGUACAUAUUUCUAUUGGACAAGUCACACUGGAACAAUCACUCUUACCUCUUCGGCCUCAUUGGAAUUCAGCUGAUGGUGAGCGGUGCCAACAGAUGUUGGUCCUUAGAUGGAAGAAGAAAUCCUGACUUUAAAUAUGCACAUGUACCUCUCUGGAAUUAUGCUCUUCUUAGAGGACAGAUAUUUUUGGUUUAUUUUAUUGCUGGACUGAAAAAAACAAACUUGGAUUGGAUCGGCGGAUACUCAAUGGAGAAGCUUGGUUACCACUGGGUAUUUGAUGGCUUUAGACUAUUUCUGACUGAUGACCAAAUAACGUAUCUUGUGGUUCACCUGGGUGGCUUUUUACUCGACCUCACAGUCGGUUUCUUCAUGUUGAUGAACUUCAGCAGAACUUACGCCUUCCUCUUCUGCGCCCUCUUCAACCUCAUGAACUCCAGGAUGUUUUCCAUCGGCAUGUUUCCCUACGUCAUGAUUGCUGUGAUGCCCAUCUUCUGUUCCUCUGAUUGGCCCAUCAAGUUCUUGUCUCCAUUCCUGCGUUCUCAAUCAUCUGAUCCCAGUGCAGAUUGCAUUUAUGCUGAAAACAAAGAAGAUAAAAAAAUCGACCGGCAGAGUGUUCAGUUCCAUCAUAAAGCGAGAACUUUAGCCUUUUGCAGUUACUUUGUGUUGCAGUUAUUUCUGCCUUACUCCCACUUUUUAACCAAAGGUUACAACACUUGGACGCAAGGACUGUACGGUUACUCCUGGGACAUGAUGGUGCACAACUGGAGAUAUGUUCAUACUACCGUCAGGGUAGUCGACAAAACAACGCAUCAUUUAUACCAUCUCGACCCUGAGGCAUGGACUAGGAGUCACAGAUGGACUCACCAUGCAGAUAUGGUGAAGCAAUUUUCUCACUGCAUACAGGAGAGAAUGUAUCAGAAACACAAAAUGAAAAACAUUGAAGUCUACGUCGACGUCUGGCUCUCUCUCAACCGGCGAUUCAUUCAAAGAGUGUAUGAUCCAACUGUGGACAUACUGUCCGCCAAGUGGUCGCCAUUCAAAGAGGUCACGUGGGUCCUUCCACUGCAGACGGAAUUGACAGAAUGGAGAGCGAAUUUAAUGGCAAUGGAAAACAGGAUUUUCAAUCAAUCAGAAAAUGUAGACGUUCUAUUCGUGGCUGAUUUCCCCGGUUUUCAUUUGGUGAACUAUAUAAGUAAUGGAUUCGAUAAUGCAUCUCUAGAGGUCUUGAAAGGUUCUGUAGAAAUAUUUUUAGAGCCUAACCACACAAUAGAGUUGAGAGAAGGUCAAAGUGUCAUGAUACCAUCAAGUAAAUAUCACAGAGUGUCUCCAUUAAAAUACAGCCCGGCAUGCUACAAAUACGAGUACAGCAGGACAGAACCAGCUAUUGCUAUGAUAAAUGAACCUGAUGGUUUUUCUCGGGCUGCAAAAUGUCCUACAAGGAACAAACAAAUCCAAAUGAAAGAAAAUGAAGUGUCUUGUGAUGGGACCUGUUGGCAAAUUGAGUUUAAAAAGAAAUUUGAUAUAUGGAAGAGAAGCAUGAUGUUGAUUGGAAAAGCUCUCUACAGUAUUCUUACUCAGCAACCACUAAGCAUCAAGAAAGGAUCUGAAUAAACAGAGCAAAAUAUAAUACCCAGAAAUAAAUAAAAACAUAUUAUCUAUUCAUUCAUUGACCGAGUCUUGAAUAACUUUAGCACAGAAAAUUAAAAGAAAUCUACCACAGUAUGUUACUUAAGUAAAAUGAAUGAACACAACUUCUUCCUCUUAUCUGAACCAUUUCUAUCUCUCAAUAUUUCAGACUCACAAAAUGCAGUUAAAGACCAUUUUAAUUAAAAUUUGAGUGAGAUAGGUAAAAAUGUACAAGCAUACAUAUUUUAUACGUCG